CUCUCUUUUCGCUUGCUUGCGGGGACGUUCCACUGCAUUCACCGUACCGCGACAGCGACUUUUACAUCUGCAGGCAUGGCUUCGCCAACUUCACCCACAGUUUCGCGAGCGCUCACAAACGGCGAUGACGAUGCCAUUCCAGGAGAAGACACGAGCGAGGUGACCAAGCUGUUCGCCGAGCGACUGGCAGCAUGGAAGCACGCCGUGGGCUAUCUCGAGGACUACAUCACGGCGACAGAGAAGACGCAUCAUGCGCACGGAAAGGAGUACGAGAGAGUGUUGAAGACUGUGAAGGAUCCGCUUAAGGAGGGACACCACUUCGACCAGUCGCUUGGGGGCAUUGCAGGCAUGUUCGAAAACAUCCGGUCGAACACACAGGGCCUAUCCAACCAGCACUACGAGACUGCAAAGCAGCUCAAGGGCUCCGUCCUCCCCGUGUUCGAGCGCCUGCAUACCGAGAUCAAGAACAAGACGAAGGAGCUCACCAAAGGCGCCGGCAAGGGCUCCAAAGCGGUCGACAAGGCACGCUCCGUGACCCAAAAGCACAUUGAGCUCCUCGGUUCGCACACGGCGUCGUUCGAGUCUCAUGGCGGCAAGAUGACAGCGACAGAGGACCCCUACGUCCUCCAGCGCGGCGUCCUGCAUCGGCUGAACAAGCAGAUCCAGGAGGAGAACAACAACCGACAAGACUUGAUAAGCGUGCAAAACUCGUUCGCUCAGUUCGAAGCCCACGUUAUUCAGACCAUACAGGGAGGCAUGGGCCAGUUCAUGCAGGUGGUCAACACGCAGGCCGAACAGACCAAGAUGGCAUACGGGGACAUGGUGGGCACGGCGCAGAAAAUCCCGCUCGACUUUGAGUGGAACGGCUUCGUCCAACGUAACAACACCAUCCUCAUCGACCCCAGCGCGCCAGCGCGCUCCGUGUCCAACAUCUCCUUCCCCAACCAAAACCACCGCUCAACUAAGCCACUUAUUGCCGGUUCCCUCGAGCGCAAGGGCAAGCUUCGCUCCUACAGCACCAACUAUUAUGUUGUCACGCCGUCAAAAUUCCUCCAUGAAUUCAAGACUGAUGAUGACUUCGCAAAGGACCCCGUCCCAGAGACGUCGCUGUACCUACCUGAUUGCGUGGUUGGUGCCCUAUCUGACCGCAAGUUCAAUGUCAAGGGCAAGGACGUCUCCAAGGGUAAGGUUGGAAACACUUUUAGCAUGAGCCAUGAAUUCCAAUUCAAAGCACAUACGCCACAAGCGGCGAGCCAAUGGUGGGAGCUUGUACGGCAGGCUGCUGGUCAGGUGACGACCGAGGUGCCAGAAGGCAGCACGCCGACGAGCCCUAUUGGCAAGCAGAACAGCGAGGUCGAGGACGGAAAGCAUCCCUUGCCGCUGAGAACCGACACUGCGGGCUUGGCAAGAAGCGACACGACUGGAACUAGCACGACUGGAACUGCAGGGCCAACGCCCAUCAGUGCCGCUCCAGCGAGUGGCGUGGGAAGGGAGCCUGGCCAGUACUAGCAUUGAGAGGCAACGGCGCGGUACUACAAGCACAUGCUCUUCGCGUUAUUCUUUGAAAACGGUUCUGAGGGUUUGAUGUCGUUGGGGAUGAUACCAAUUGGGGCUAUUUGAGUACACUGAUUUUUGAGUUUCAAUGCCUAAUAAUACUGUGUUUGUGCGUGCCUC